GUGAAAAUGUCGUGGAAGCUUCUACUGAAGACUGGAGGUAAGAGUGGUGUUUGUUUGUUUGUGUGUUUGUUUCAGUGUACCAGCUGAUCUCUUCUCCAGACUGACGGAAAGCGUCAUCGCUUUAUGCUGCUAUAGUUUCUGGCACUAGCCACAUCACUCCACAAAUAUGUUUAACAUGAGAUCAUUGUUCAAGGAUAAAUUGUUUGUAGUAUUUUCAAUUUGAGCGCUUCUGUCAUAACCCAAAACAUUUUUAUUUUUUAAAAUAAUGAAUAUUAUACAUUUGGGAAGGAACUAGUAGAACAAGGUGAUGUAUUCGCCAUUGAUAUUGCCAGAAGUUUUUUUAAUAAGAUUCCAGUUUUAGUUCGUAUUUUCAUUUGUCCUGUGUGCUGAGGAAGGCUCUUAGCCGAAACGUUGCUAUCUGAUCGUCCUGUUUUUCCGUUUCAAGUUUCCUCACACCAAGCUCUACUAUUUCAAGCUUUCUCACACCAAGCUCUACUAUUUCAAGUUUCCUCAUACCUUGUUCUACUAUUUCAAGUUUCCUCAUACCUUGUUCUACUAUUUCAAGUUUCCUUAUACCAUGUUCAACUAUUUCAAGUUUCCUCACAUCUUGUCCUAUUUCCUUUACACAGCUUAAACGCAGUCCUUCAUGUACUUACAACUGGGAAAUUCAUUGUCGUACAAUAAGGCUACACGGUGUCGUGUGGGAUUACAGUUAUUUCUAUGUCCCAUCAACAAGCAACGAAGCAAGUGUCAGUCUAAUGGCGCGCCACGACUCACCUGCACCCCAGUGGUUAACGUCUAAAGAAAAGACUUGUAGUUUAAUGUCUACACAAAAAUGCACCUUGUCAAUAUAUACUCUUUAAAAAUGUACUGUGUUCCAAUCCCUUUUAUUAUAUUUCAAUCGUCUUUCAAUUUUUGUGUGUGGUAAUUCCAUUUGUACUAUUUCAUGAUGCGGAUACAACAUUGUAAUGGUUUUGUUUUCUUUUCAGUUUUAAAGAUGGCUAUUUUGAGUCUUAGACCCCAACGUGGGUAUAUAUAUAAAUGUAUUGUAGUCACCAAGAAGGGACCUAGUAAUUUAAUUAAAUAAGCGUUGCAUAUUCUUCCAAUUUAAUUUUUAUCCAACUUAUAAAAACAUCUGGGAAAUCUUACUGUUUACAUACAAAGUUUUCUUCUUGUUUUGUUUCCCAUUGCAUUCUGAUCACAAUUUGACUAAACCCUAAGAGACCAAUUCGUUAGAAUGUUCAAUUUUAUCUGGUACAUUCAUUUUUAUUGUUUAAAAAAAAAUUCUUGGCUUAUUCGUUGCUGCUUCAGAUGCUGGUCCUGAAGACUGUGUUUGAGAAAACGUUCCCCCGAGUCAUUAAAUUCUCGACUCAUUUCGACAUCAAGUCUGCUGCUGCUCCUCAAAGAGAGCUUAGCCGUAUCGCCACACCUGGUCAACCGGACAGGUUUGGUGGCCCUUGUCCGACGGUCCAGGAUGGCACGCCACAGGCACCGAUCCGUUUGCCCACGCUGAAGAUCGUCAAGUACAAAACGUUUCAUGGAGCGCACAAAGUCGUACCAGCUUCCGGGGACAACCGCGGCAAGGUACCGCCAGUGACAACCACAGACUCGUCGGG